GUUACCAUGGUUACCAGUACACAUCAGGACGCUAUGGCGACACGGGGCGCAGCUCCACUGGUCGCGUUCGGCAGCUGCCAGAAACGUCUUAUAUUCCCAACGCAUUUUGCGCCUAAUCGCAUGGGCAAUGAAAUGCUCGCACUGCGCGGCUCAACUGACUCCAAGAAACUAGGACCUGGAUGUUACGACAACCACACGGUGGGCACUCUUAUAUAUGACCUCCAACACAGACCUGAGAGUAAGAGGGGAUAUGUGUUAGCAGCCCGUACUGCACCACGCUUUCUGCCUCCGUUUAAGACAGCCACCCCUUCACCACAGAAAUACCAGCAGGACUGGACGCAGUCUAAAGUGUGUCCUCCAGGAAAAACUCCCUUCAAUAGUACCACUGUAAGACCCAGGCCCUCAAAUGCAGACUCCAGCCCUGCCCCUGGUCCAGGGGCAUAUACUCUCAAUACCAUCCCAAGCAAAAGGGUGUCGUGGCCAAUGAAAUUCGGCUCUCCAGACUGGUCAAAAGUGCCGUUGCUGGAGAGAAGAGCACUGCGGACAGAGCUCCUCCAUGACAAAGAGUUUAGGAAACAGAGGAACAGGGUGGCAUAUCUGAGCUUGUUUUACUGAUGACUCUAAAAUACUACCACAACAAUGCAGUGUGAUUCUCAAUGUAUACAAACAUUAAAGCUUUAAAAGACAAGUUC